CCUCUCCUUCCGGAGUCCACCCAACCCACCAACCCGCCGGGCUCUUGGAUUCCCACCGCGGCGCCCCACCUUUUCCUCCGCCCUCGCCGCGCGGCGCGUGUCACGCCCAGCCGCCAUGGCGAUCGACCACGACUCCCCCUGCAAGGAGCUCCUCCCCAAGGACCGCCGCAGCAUGGAUGAUGACGGCCCUGAGCCGGAGGAGGAGGUUGAGGAGGACGAGAAGUCUGCGGAGGUGGAGGAGGAGGAGGUCGAGGAGUCUGCGGAGGCGGAGGAGCAGGAGCAGGUGGUGUCCGCGGACGGCGAGCGGUGGCCCCGGUGGCUGCGCCCCAUGAUGUCGGCGCGGUUCUACACGCCGUGCAAGACGCACCCUGACUCGCGCCGCGGCGGCGUGCGCGCCAUGUUCUGCCUCGACUGCGCCGACGUCGCCGGCGCGCUCUGCUCGCUGUGCGCCGACCAGGGCCACCGCGGCCACCACGUCAUCCGGGUCCGCCGCUCCACCUACAGCAGCGUGCUCAUCGUGGCGGACGUGCGGGGGCUCCUGGACGUGGACGGCGUGCAGACCUACGUCAUCAACGGCGCGCGCGUCGUCUUCCUCAGGGAGCGCGGCCCGCAGCAGAGGCACGCCCGCAGCGCCUGGAGCUUCGUCAACCAGUGCGGCUGCGGCCGCGGCCUGCUCGAGGCCUUCCGCUUCUGCUCGCUCAGCUGCAAGUUCCCCGGCUGCCGCCACGACGGCAACGCCUCCUCCUCGCCUCCCUCCCCGCCGCGCAAUGCCGCCGACCAGGCCUCGACGCCACCACCGCCGCCGCAGCCUGCACACCGGCGCAAGGGCAUCCCGCACCGGGCACCGUUCGGCAACCUCGCCGUCUGACUCCAGCCAGGGUUGCAGUGAAGUUUUGACAGGGAGAAGAGAUUACUAGUAGCCUUUGCCAUCAUUAGGACAGAAAAUCUUCUGCAGCUAAGUUAUGCAGAUGAUCCUGCUCUGCUACUUCUAGUCUUCAACUUCUGGUAAUUGUUCUUAACUUUUUGGUAGAUGUCCUGAGAAUUUUUUGGAUGUCAUGAGAAACUAGUCUAAUAGUAUGACCAGCCAGGUAACAAUGGAAUAGUUUUGAGUCUUGAUUGCUGCUAGUUGCAGCUGAUCUGUGUGUAAA